UUACAAGCUAAAAGACUCCUAUGCUGAAGACUAGCGGGUUGUGUUGGCAAAUAACCGUCUGGUUAACCGCCACACCUCCGUUAAAGAGCUGUUCACCGCUGCUUCCCUGAGAUAUUCACAGGACCGUCCGUGACUGCCUCUAACGCAUUGGUUGACAGGUUUAGUUGGCGGGGUUACGGUUCACUACAUUGCCUGUAGAAGAAAUAUCCGUUACAACACAAACGGAAGUAGCUAGCAGUAGAUAAAAGUGGGCCGAUAAGCUUGUAGACGUCAUUUAUUGGUUUUUCCGCGGGUUCUGAUGGCUGAUCUCUAAACCUGGAGCACUGCUUGUAACGUCAGACUGCGAGAGAUGCCACCAAAGAAAAGGGCCAGAGUGAGUCAAACAGCAGAUUCAGGCAAAGGUGAUAAUGGAGAAACGGUCAGCAGUAAGAGUAAAGCUGCAGCUAAGUCUGGACCAAAGAAGAAGAGCUCAGAGUCUCCACAUUACUGCCACUGGCUGAUGAAGUCUGAGCCCGAGAGCCGCUUCGAGAACGGGAUCGACGUGAAGUUCGGGAUCGAGGAUCUGAAAGCUUCGCCUGGUCAGACCAGCUGCUGGGACGGCGUCCGCAAUUAUCAGGCGCGCAAUUUUAUGAGGCAGAUGAAAGAGGGGCAGUCGGCUUUCUUUUACCACAGCAACUGCAAGGAGCCAGGGAUAGCAGGAAUCAUAAAAAUUGUGAAGGAAUCUUACGUGGACCACACUCAGUUUGACAAGAAAGACGUCCAUUACGAUGCAAGCAGUAAACCAGACAACCCCAAAUGGAGCAUGGUAGAUGUCCAGUAUCAGAGGAUGUUGAAGCGUUUUCUGCCUCUGUCCGAGCUGAAGAAGUACCACCUGCAGCACCGAGCCGAAGGAGGGCCUCUGAAGGACAUGGCGCUUUUUACCAGGGCCAGGCUCUCUGUGCAGCCCCUGACUACCGAAGAGUUUGACUUUGUCCUGAGUCUGGAGGAUGAGGAGCCUUUGUGAGGAUUUGGACCAGAUGAUGCUUCGUGACUGAGUGAAAUCAUGAUGCAGCGACCUUAGUUACAGCACUGUUGUGUUUUUCUCUUGUUCAUAAAUAUUAUUAAAUGUAAUUUUUUCAAACUA